AUGGACUUGGAUCAAUUCGAGUUACAAUCCAGCUACAGUUACGGUACAAAUAACCUGGAAAAUGAUUUGAACGAAUUGAAUUUUAAUGAUUUGAGCAAUUUCAAUGAUUUAAGUUUGCAGCAGUCACAGCCACUGCCACAACAACUCGACGACGAUGAUCUCGUUCUUGAUGAUUUAAAGGGUGAUCUCCCUGAACACGCGUGUAGUUACUGCGGUAUACACAACCCAGCGUGCGUCGUUAAAUGCCAGACUUGCUUGAAAUGGUUUUGUAACGCAAGAGGUUCCACUUCCGGCUCACACAUUGUAAACCACCUCGUUAGAAGUAAACAUAAGCAAGUCGUCCUACACCAAGAAUCCCCACUCGGUGAAACUCAGCCUGAAUGCUACAACUGCGGCUCGAAGAACGUUUUCAUCCUUGGCUUCAUCCCCGCCAAAUCUGAUACCGUUGUCGUCCUUCUAUGCAGACAACCGUGCGCCGCUAUGACUGGUACACGCGAUAUCGUUUGGGACACCUCCCAAUGGUCCCCUCUCAUUCAAGAUCGCAGCUUUCUUACUUGGUUGGUCAAGGUUCCCUCCGAAUCUGAGCAAUUACGCGCAAGGCAAAUCUCCUACCAUCAAAUUAACAGACUAGAAGAUCUCUGGAAAGAGAACAAAUCCGCCACUCUCCAAGACCUCGACAGACCUGGCGUUGAUGAAGAACCCCAACCUAUCCUCCUCCGCUACGAAGACGCUUAUCAAUAUCAAAAUAUCUUUGGUCCUUUGGUUAAAAUCGAAGCUGACUACGAUAAGCGUCUAAAGGAAUCUCAAUCCCAGCCCGAUUUAGUCGUCCGUUGGGAUAUUGGUCUUAAUCAGAAGCGUGUUGCUUGGUUCGCAAUGCCCAAGUUAGAGUCUGGUGAAGUCAAGCUCGCUGUCGGUGAUGAGCUGCGCUUGAGUUAUCGCGGUGACAGGCAGUGGUCCGGUAUCGGACACGUAGUUAAAAUUCCAAACAACGUCUCUGACGAGAUUGCUCUCGAAUUGCGCAGACAAGAUGCUGUCCCGAUUGACAUGACUCAUGGCUUCGAAGCUGACUUUGUCUGGAAGAGCACCUCGUACGAUCGUAUGCAGUUGGCUAUGAAGACUUUUGCUGUUGAUGAGCAGUCUGUCAGUGGCUACAUCUAUCACAAACUUCUUGGUCACGAACUUGAACCCCAAGUUGUACGCACUCAGAUGCCUAAAAAAUUCUCGGCACCUUUUCUCCCUGAACUUAACCACUCACAGAUGUAUGCUGUCAAGAGUGUUUUACAAAAGCCUCUUAGCUUAAUUCAGGGUCCGCCUGGUACAGGUAAAACCGUUACAUCUGCGUCAAUAGUAUACCACCUAUCCAAGAUGAAUCCUGGUCAGGUUCUCGUAUGUGCUCCUUCAAACGUUGCAGUUGACCAGUUGUGUGAAAAGAUACACUUGACUGGCCUCAAGACUGUGAGACUUACAGCCAAAUCGAGAGAAACAGUUGAAUCUCCAAUCACUUUCCUCACUCUACAUGAACAGGUAACCAACUCAACCCAUCACAUUGAACUACAGAAGCUGAUAUUGCUCAAAAACGAGCAAGGUGAAUUGUCGUCAUCUGACGAACGUAAAUUCAAAACGUUAACGAGGGCAUGUGAGAAGGAGAUACUUAAUGCAGCAGAUGUUAUUUGUUGCACCUGUGUUGGUGCUGGUGAUCCGAGAUUGAGCAAGUUAAAAUUCCGUACGGUCUUAGUUGAUGAAGCUACUCAAGCUGCUGAGCCUGAGUGCACAAUACCAUUAAUCAUGGGAUGUAAGCAGGCGGUGCUAGUUGGUGACCACCAGCAACUCGGUCCAGUCAUCAUGAACAAGAAGGCUGCUAGAGCUGGUUUGACUCAGUCUUUGUUCGAAAGGUUAGUCAUGCUUGGCAACAGACCUAUCAGAUUACAAGUUCAAUAUCGUAUGCAUCCAUGUUUGUCAGAGUUCCCUUCGAAUAUGUUUUACGAAGGUACGCUGCAAAAUGGUGUGACUGCGCCUGAGCGUCUGAGAAAGAACGUCGACUUCCCAUGGCCUAUACCAGACACACCAAUGUUCUUCUAUCAGAAUCUCGGUCAGGAGGAAAUAUCGUCAUCUGGGACGUCCUUCUUGAACAGAACUGAGGCUAGCAAUUGUGAGAAGAUAGUAACCAAAUUCUUUAAGGCGGGUGUUGUGCCUGCACAGAUAGGUAUUGUUACGCCAUACGAGGGACAGCGUUCGUAUAUAGUCAACUACAUGCAGUUCAACGGUGCGCUCAAGAAGGAGCUAUACAACCAAGUGGAGGUGGCAUCAGUUGAUGCGUUCCAAGGACGUGAGAAGGACUACAUCAUACUAUCGUGCGUGCGUUCCAACGAGCACCAAGGUAUUGGGUUUCUGUCAGACCCACGUCGUCUCAACGUAGCAAUGACGAGGGCUAAAUUCGGCAGCGUCAUUCUCGGUAACCCAAAGAUACUGUCCAAGCAUCCGCUCUGGCAUCAUCUGCUCACGCACUUCAAGGAGAAGAAGACGUUGGUAGAAGGGCCUCUCAACAACUUGCAAGAAUCUAUGAUACGAUUCAAUAAGCCAAGGCAGCCACUCAACAAAGCCACUCUCGACCCCUUUUCGCGCAGAUUUGAGAUCAACGCCCGAGAAGCACUGGGAGCGGGUAUACCAGCUACAGGAGCGCGAACGCCUACGACUGGUUUCGGAGAGCUUGGUGAUGUUUCGACAUACGAUAUGAACAGCAUAAGCGCGUACAAGCAGGAUGGAUUUGAGGGUGGAGGAGUUGGAGUUGGUGGGGGUAUUGGAGGGUUACCUCCUACAUUUGGUAGAAUGAUGAAGCAGAAUGGCGGUGGUUAUGCCAACUACGCUAGCUCCGUACUGUCACAAGACCUCGGCAGUGAUCUGGGCAGCGUUGCACCUUCUACCAUAUCUUCCUCCGUCGCUUACUCCCAGUCAGACCGUCUGCGCGACGCUUCAAACUCCAUGGCUGUUGGCGGAUAUAAGGAUGAGCUUGCUGACGAUAUGCAGUCUUCUUACUCAGGUGCUACUUCGCAGGCUUUUACUGAGUUUUAG